AUGGAUCGAAUGUUUGCUCCAGAAUAUUUUGACAUGAUAUUUAGAUUUCUUCCGACUUAUAAAGAUUUGCAUUCUUGUCUCUUAGUCAAUAGACAUUGGGCUACUUGUGCCGUUCCAAUUUUAUGGGAAGCACCCUUUAAAAUUAAAGACAACCAUGUUCCAUCUCCAAAAGUGAUAAAAACCUAUCUUGCAUUUAUACCAGAUAGUACUUUUUUCAAAUCAGGAUAUAAUAAAAGAAUUGGGCUGUCAAUUACUAGGCCUCCGUUUUUUAAUUAUCCAUCAUUUCUUAAAGAGCUUUUAUAUGACCAAUUCCUUAAUGCAGCCGUAGCAAACAAAUGUUGUAAAGAUAUUAUAAUUGAAUUAUUUAAAAUAUUUGCUAUGUAUAAUGUAAUAUUACGCAAUUUUGAUAUCUAUAGCAAUCUUAAAUGGCUGAAUAAUUUAGGAUCUCGGGUUCUUACUCAUUUUUCUAAAUUCACUUCUAUAUUCAAUGGAUUGACUUAUUUUAAUUGCAGCUACCAUUGGGCAAUUCAAAAAAAUCAGCUUUUUAAUAUCAUUGCAGAGAACUGUCAUAAUAUUGAAAAUCUUAAAGCUAGUAUUUGUUAUAAAGGUGAAGGAAAGGCUUUAGCAGUCCUUAUCCGUUCUCAAAAGCGUUUAAAAAAGUUCUCUCUGAUUAACAGCAAUAAAUUUGUAUCAUAUCCUCUUCAAGCUCUCAUGGAUCAGAAACAUUCACUUAAAAGUGUAGCAUUUGAAGACAUGCAUCAAAAUAAGGACUUAACUAAGAUAAUAUAUUUCAAUUAUUCUGCUUAUCGAUUAUGUAACAGAUCUAUCAAUGCACUGGCUCAGUGUACAAAGAUCAGUCAAUUGAAGUUUAAACACUGUGAAGGGCUCAACUCCCCUGCAUAUUUUUCUCUCGGCACUGCUUUUUCGAACUUAACAUCUUUAGAAUAUUCUUAUGGUGCUUAUAACAUUUAUGAUAACAUGAUCCCAAUUCAGUUAUUAUCUGAUCUCAUCAAGACAAGUUGCAAAACACUUAAAAAACUUAUACUUGACUGGUAUUCUCUUUCUUAUCCUGAUAUUACUCAACUUGUUAAAAUUAUUACACAACAUGUGUUAAACCUUGAAUAUUUAAAAAUUCCACUUAAUACAUUAGAACAACUUGCUCUAAUUCACAGAACACAUAAUCCCUUAAGGAGACUUGAAAUUCAUUUGGACAAAACAAUAAAUCUACAUUGUGCUCUUUCUCUUCUUGCAAAUGUUCCACUCAAAAGUCAUGAACAUUCAAUUCAAUUAUCCUUUGGUCAUAAUGAAAAUUUCGAUUUAAAAAUCAAUCUAUUAAAUCAGAUCUUUGAAUCCAUUUUUUAUAAAAAAGAGAGUGUUACUUUUAAGAAAUUACCCGAGACUUAA